AUGGCGUCUGAGCCAGAGCUGUUAGAGUUGCUGAUAUCAAAAUCAUUGGAGCAUGAAGGUCUGAGCCUUCAGCACCUGGGCCGCUCCACAGCGCUGCGGCGUUUGAAUGGUCGUUGGGAGGGCUGCUACGCCAGCAGCGUGGCUCCGGCGGUUUGGAAGCGCUACCAGGGCCUGGGCCUAGACUUGCCCUUCUCCGAGCCCUUCGACUUGGCCUUGGCUUUGCGGGAGCGGCUCAUGGCCUCGGACCUGGUGGGCCACGUUGCAGUGGAGCCGGGAGGUGGCUUAAGACUCUUCAGCAUGAAGCAUUUGGAUGUGCAGAAGAAACGUGGAAGGAUCCUUUGCAAAGGCUGCAGCACCUUCUUCCAGGAGGGCAACCCUUUUCGGACCCAUGUGCAGAAUGCUCAGGACACCCGCUGCUUCAGCCCAGAGGCAGCGGAGUACUACUUGCUGCCUUGCCAGGAUUCGGCCGCCGCCGCAGCUCUGGAGGUGUCCCGAAGGAGCUUGGAUCCAGGGCUAGAGGCGGCAAGGGAUGGGAACCUGAAGGAACUGCAGCGCCUGGUGGAGAGUCGUUGGGAUCCAUUGAUUGCAUCGGAUCACCAUGGAAAUAAAGCACUGCAUUGGGCAGCUGGCAACGGACACCUGGAGAUUUGCCGCUACUUGGUGCAAAUGCGAAUGGAUCCGAAGGCGCCCUCAGAAAAGCAUCAGAAUCGCUGCGCUCUACAUUGGGCAGCACGGAAUGGACAGACCUCCGUGUGUGCCUACUUGCUGGAUCUCAUGGGUUUUGUGGACGUGGAGACCGAUGGCAAAGACACACCGCUGAUGCUCGCAGCCUGGCAGGGCCACCUGGAGACCUGCCGUUUUUUGGCCACGCAACGAGCAGAUCUGAAUCAUUUAAACUCUUGGGGGUGCAAUGCAAUGCACAAAGCUGCCAGGAUGGACGGCGAACACUCAAGCCUACAAAUGCUAGACUUUCUGUUGUCGAAUGAUGUGAAGGCCAGCCUUGCCAAUUGCAAUGGGCACAACGCCCUCCAUAAGGCCGCCAGCUUUGGCUCCGUGGAGGCCUGUCGCUUCCUCUUGCUUCAUGGCCUCGACACACGGCAGGCCAUGGCGCCGGACCGAGAGCGGAACACUCCAAGCAGCUUGGCCUUUGCAGCCGGAUAUCAUCGCUUGGCGGGGGAGUUAAGACACACCGAGGACGUUCUAUGGCUAACACCUGCCAUCUACAGAGCGCCAGAAACACCAGGAAGAGAGGAAGUUCCAGAAGAUUCCGCAAAGAUUUAG